ACACCCAUUUGAAGACAAAGUAUUGUCUUCCUUCCGUUGUCCAUUGUUUCCGAUUUUACUCGCUUUAAGAUGGCCACUGAUGAACACCUCCCAAGAGUUCUGCUUAUAAGAAAGCCGAAGGUCUUCACUCUAUUCGGAGAAGAGUCCUUCACGUCAAAGAAAUUCCAAUUUUUGAAAGCAUACGACUCAACUUUACCUCUACAUCAAUUCUUGACCACAGAUGCCGACGCAAAGUCAGUCCAGGCUAUCUUCUCUACCGCCCCUGUCACGGCUGAUAUCCUCCAGCUGCUCCCAAUGGUGCGGCUGGUUGUGGCCACAAGCGCUGGCCUCAACCAUAUCGACUUGGCGGAGUGCCGUCGGCUUGGUGUGGCUGUAGCCAAUUCUGGCACCGUUUUCUCUGAAGAUGUGGCCGAUGUGGCGGUUGGUUUGCUGAUUGAUGUUUUCAGAAAGAUGUCUGCUGCCUCUCGAUACGUCAGACAAGGGCUUUGGCUUGCCAAAGGAGAUUAUCCUCUUGGUUCAAAGUUGGGUGGCAAACGAGUUGGGAUAGUUGGGUUGGGCAGCAUUGGACAUGAAGUGGCUAAAAGGCUUGAGGCUUUUGGGUGCAGAAUUUCAUACAACUCAAGGAAGGAAAAACCAGGAGUUGAAUACUCUUUCUACUCAGAUGUGAGUGAACUUGCAGGUAACAGCGAUGCACUCAUAAUUUGUUGUGCUUUAACUCAUCAAACACAUCACAUGAUCAAUAAGCAAGUGUUGUUGGCCUUGGGGAAGAAUGGAGUGAUUAUAAAUGUGGGACGUGGAGGCAUUAUUGAUGAGAAGGAAAUGGUAGAGUGCUUGAUGAAGGGAGAGAUUGGAGGAGCUGGUUUGGAUGUGUUUGAGAAUGAGCCUCACGUUCCCAAACAACUCUUUGAAUUGGAUAAUGUUGUGCUGUCGCCACAUUGUGCUGUCGCCACACCUGAUUCCCUUAAAAAUGUGUGUGAACUUGCUGUUAAGAAUUUAGAAGCUUUCUUCUCAAAUGAACCCUUACUUUCUCCUGUCACGAAUGAUGAUUGAAUGAGUUUUCUUGGUUAGUUUCUGCCUAAACUACAAGUAUUUUCUGUCUUUGUAAUUUAUAUUUGAGUUGCAUCUGUUUGUUCUUCUAAAGAUGCUGAUUACAUUCAGAAGUUUUCAUUGAAGCAAGAAGUAGAAUAACAGUAGUUACAACAUAAUCCGAUGAAUAACAUGUUAGAGUUAAGCUCUAGAGUCAAUCAUUUUGACUGUUUAGUAUUUGUAUUGUAUACAUUUUAUCUCUCUAUCAUGGUUGUCUUUCUUUUGUA